AUCUAGAUUUUCUGAUACAUUUUUUAUCCACGUCCACCAUUGAUUUUUUUAAUUAAAAUGGAAACGUUAUACGCCAUACCGUUUUAUGUUUUAGAAGUACCAAAUUUAAAAAUACGUAGACCAUCAUGGUUUCAUCAACCAUCAGCAAUGACAAUGUUUGCUUUAGUAAUACUUUCAUACUUUUUGGUUACAGGAGGAAUAAUAUAUGAUGUUAUCAUAGAACCUCCAAGCGUUGGAUCCACAACUGAUGAACAUGGACAUUCACGACCGGUUGCAUUUAUGCCAUAUCGAGUGAAUGGGCAAUACAUUAUGGAAGGAUUAGCGUCCAGUUUUCUAUUUUCAAUGGGUGGUUUAGGAUAUGUAAUUCUGGAUCAAACACAUAGUCCAACUACACCGAAAUUAAAUAGAAUUUUAUUAAUUUCAGUUGGCUUCAUUUGUGUUAUUGUAUCAUUCUUUACAACGUGGGUGUUUAUGCGAAUGAAACUCCCUGGUUACUUACAAUCUUAAAUUUAUACAUUUUGUUGUAUGUAAAUUUUAUCUGUAUGUUUAAU